ACUAGUAAAAAACAAAACAAACAAAAAAUUGAAAUAAUUAAUAAUUUACGAGACUGCCGCUAUUCUAAAAGGCCGAUAGAUUAAGGUUAACUGUAAUUAGCUUAGAUAGCGCAAGGAGCGGCAAGUGCACAGCCCGGCGCAACCUGAACAAAAGCCUAUCACACUGAUAUGGAGAGAUCUACACCGGAUUCGAAGAAUGCAGUCCCCGCCAAAAUCGGGGAGGCACAAAUGUCCAUAGAACAGGAAGAUAUUGAUGCCGAAAGCAACAUUUCCGGCAGCUCGGAAGCCGGCGACAAUCAGCAUAGCAAAGAAGAAGAGUUCCAGCAGAUGCCGGCCGUUGUGGUGGAUGAGGAGGAGAAGCAGAAGACGGGGGCGUCAUGCGUCGAAGGAGACCUGUGCAUGGAUCAAAGCACCUGUGGAUGCCCUCAACUCGAGGCGGAAGCGGUGCUGGACAACCGCCAGCUGCUGGCAUUCCAGGUGCGUUCUCGGGACAUCGACUGGCGCCGCUAUGUCCAGCCACUGGACACGCGCGUCCGCUCUGGCGGUGUGUAUCUGGACAAGCAGGCGGACUUAGUCAACAAUCAUCGGCGUGCCGUCAAUGAGCAGAACAAGCGCGAGCUGCUCGUCUGCCACGACAUGAUGGGCAACUAUCUGGAGGAUCGCCACUUCCACAGCUCGGAGAAGUACGAUGACUAUCGCUUUAUGCACUGGUCAGCCGUGGAUUACUUCUGCUACUUCAGCCACAAAUAUGUGACCAUUCCGCCCAGCGGCUGGCUGAAUGCCGCCCACCGCCAUGGCGUACCCGUGCUGGGCACCUACAUUGUGGAGUCGGCAGGCCCACUCAACGAGGUGCUGGCCAGCGAGGAGAGUGUGAACCGCGCCGUGGCCGCCCUGACACGUCUCUGUCUCCAUUUCGGCUUUGAGGGCUGGCUGGUGAAUGUCGAGGUGACCGUGCCGCGCCAAAGCAUGCCCAAUCUGCAUCGCUUUGUCCGAGAGCUGCGCGCUGCCACCGAGUCGCAGGUGCCGCAUGGACGCGUCUUUUGGUACGACAGCGUCAUUGAGAGCGGAGAGCUGCGCUGGCAGAAUGAGCUGAACGCGCGGAACGUGGACUUCUUCCGCAUCAGCGACGCCAUGCUGAUCAACUACGCCUGGGAUGAUGGCCACCUGGAGCGCAGUGCCAGCGUGGCCACGCAGGAGGGCUCGCCACAGCAUCGAGUCUUCAUGGGGCUGGAUGUUUUCGGGCGGAGUCGCAGGGGCGGCUUCAAGAGUCUGGACACGAUGACGCGGAUUGCCGAAAAGGGUUUCUCGGCGGGCAUCUUUGCGCCGGCCUGGUCCUUUGAGACGCUGCGCAACUGGUACGACAUCAGCAAGGCCACUGGCGACGAGGUGGUGAACGCCGCCUUUCUGAGCAGGAACGAGGACUGGUGGGCUCGCCUCUGGCCCCUGCUGGCCACCCAUCCGUACCAGGCGCUGCCAUUCUACACGGAUUUUUGCGUGGGCUCGGGCCAGCGCAGUUUUGUGCGCGGAUCGCGUGAUGCCUCGCCGACGGGUCGCUCCUUCUUCAAUUUGGCACGCCAAUCGCUGCAGCCGUCUGUGCCCAUGGCCAAUAAUGCCAAGCACUGUUUCCACACUGCCUUCGCGGGCGGGAAUUCAUUAGAGGUAAUCAACUAUGAGCGCGCCUUCCGGCUCUUCGUCACGGACUUUGUGGUGCCGCGGGGCGUGCUGCUGCUGGGCUAUGCGUACCGCAUGGAAGAUGCCGGCAGCGAUCAGACAUUCAGUGCGGUCGUGAGGCUCUCCCCGUUCCAACCCCAUAGCCAGGAUCUGCGCUUGUUCUGCGGCUCCUACCACGGCAACAUUGUGGCUCCGCAUCUUUGCUACAUAUCCCCAUUGGAAGAGCCAAUGCCUGCCGGUCUGGCACCCGCACAACUGCCUCAGAGUUCCGGCCUGCUAGGCGACGGCUGGCGGGUGCGCUACUAUAUGGUGCGUUUCGAUGGACCCGUCGUGGUGAAGGACAUUGGCUUGAAUUGCCGCCGGGCGUUAACAGCCACUGCGGAGGCCUAUCUGGGCGCCAUCUAUGUGCAGGCCCUGUUCCAGGAGGAUUGGAUGGCCACGCAGUGCAGCCAGAAGGCUUCCAUCGAUGUGUAUGGCCGCCAGUUGUGGCAGAACCACAGCUAAAGUUUCCUUUACAGCCUUCGCCCUUCGCCCCUUGUGUGAGAGUAUCUUAAGCUGUUGGCUCAUGGCCAAUUCAAGUGCCCAGACCCUGUACUUUGGCUUUUCUGUUUGUACAUAAAUACAUAUGUAAAAUGUAAUAAAAGAAAAUAAAUUAAUUUGAGCCAAUAAUGGUAAUGAAUAAACGAUAAACAAUGCUUAAGUGCAUAUACGAUUACAAUGCAUGGCACUCAUGCAUAUGUAUCUAUACCUUUCUCUGUGCUUUAUGCACAUUUGCAACGUGAAGUCGUAAAAUUGAUCAAGAAUGUAAUGAGAAUGUUAA